AUGCCACAAACUAACAUCCACAAUCAGAAAACGAAGAAAAAGGGCCAUGCCCCAAAGCAUCAAAACACAUUCGCCUUCAAGCAUAACCCAAAGAGCAAAAAGACGGACAAAAUUAUGAAUUUUCCGAACGAGCAUGUCUGUCGUCGAUGUCACGAUAAAAUCGAAUGGCGCAAGCAAUAUCGCAAGUACAAGCCUCGAACGCAACCAGGAAAGUGCAAUGGUUGUCCCAAGCGAAAUGUGAAAGCUGCUUACCAUACAAUAUGCGCAUCCUGCACCAAGACCUCGGACAAAGCCAAAGAAAUAAUUGAAGAACACUUGGCAACCUUGCCCGAAGAAGAACGAGAGGAAACGAGACCAACGUGUCGGGCAUGUGCCAUGUGUGUAAAAGAGAUUGCUCUCCCAGAUGAGAAUGAAGAGGAUGAAGAUGACGAAGAAAUAAUCGCAUCUUUGACUCGAAUGAAACUACGAGAAAGGAAAGCAUUGGAACGACAGCUACUCAAAGAGGAGAAAGCUAAUUCUUCUAAAAGCUCAUCUCAUUCGGAUGAUCCCUCGGAAGACGGAGGACCUCUGCAGGAGAGCAGUGAUAAUCCUUUGGGUCGAAUCGAAGAGGAUGGUCAUGUAGGAAACAGCAAUGCUGAUGAUGAUGAGGACGACCCAUUCUUGAAAGCCGUAGGUGGCGCAGAUAAGCUCCUCACGGGCGAAGCAUAUCACAGAAAAUUGCUGUUGGAACAGGAGCAAAAAUUGGGGACUACCGUUACUGGCUCGACGACGUCGUGA